CGCCCCCUUCCGGGUACCCGGCAGCCCCCGCGGCGGCUGCUGAAGGUGAGCCGGGCACUAUGGCGUUCUGCGCUGCCCCGGCCUACCUGACGCACCAGCAGAAGGUGCUGCGGCUAUACAAGCGCGCGCUGCGCCACCUCGAGUCGUGGUGUAUCCACAGGGACAAAUACCGGUACUUUGCUUGUUUGUUGAGAGCCCGGUUUGAAGAACAUAGGAAUGAGAAGGAUAUGAUGAAGGCCACCCAGCUGCUGAGGGAGGCGGAAGAAGAAUUCUGGCAGAACCAGCACCCUCAGCCGUACAUCUUCCCUGAGUCUCCCGGGGGCACCUCCUACGAGAGAUACGAAUGCUACAAGGUUCCGGAAUGGUGCUUAGACUACUGGCAUCCCUCUGAGAAAGCAAUGUAUCCUGAUUACUUUUCUAAGAGAGAGCAGUGGAAGAAGCUGAGGAUGGAAAGCUGGGAUCGGGAGGUUAAGCAGCUGCAGAAGGAGGCAUCACCUGAUGGUGUUAUGACUGAAGCUUUGCCUCCUGCCAGAAAGGAAGGUGACUUGCCCCCACUGUGGUGGCAUAUUGUGACCAGACCUCGAGAUCGGCCUAUGUAGAUACAGAUGCUUGCAAGUGGAAGAAGCUAGAGAACAUGUUCACACUUGCCCUAAUAAAACAACUAACAUGCUUGGC